AUGGCCAAGGACAAGGAGCGAUCAGCGAAUCCGGCGGCGGCGCACCGCAAACAAGAAAAGCAGAAAGCCUUGAAGAAAGGAAAGGCCGAACAGCUAGCUCGACGCAAUGAGAGACUUGCGCGCACCAACCCCGAGCGAAUCCAGCGACAGAUCGAAGAAUUGAAAACAGUGGAGGAAACGGGAGGAACUUUACGGCCGCGAGAUAAGGAGAUACUAGAAGCACUUGAAAAGGAGUUACGCUCCGUACUGAAGGCCCGUGAGGCGCUCGGCGAUAAGGCACCAAAGUUUCAGCCGGCGCGUGGCGAUUACGGGAAGAAUGAUGGGCGGGAUGCGGUACUUGGGAAGCGGAGGCGGGAUGAGUUUGCCCCGCCCGCGGACAGUGAUAGCAGUGAGACGGAUGAGGAUGUGCGUCGGAUACCCAUGCCCCGGGAUACUCCCCCGCCAAUUCCACGGCAGCCGCGGAAACGUGGCGGCGAGGGAGAUAGCCAACCGGAGCGGCGUGGGCCCCAUGCGCUUCCUUCUAGACCACCUGCUCCCGAGGCGAAGAAAGUCUACGAAGCACAACCUGAAAUCCGCAACUUGCGGCAGGAGGCUGUUAAUAAGUUCAUUCCUGCCGCGGUACGGUUGAAACAGGACUCGAUUCGGGGUCAAGGAAAAUUGCUUGAGCCGGAGGAGAUGGAUAGACUUGAGAAAGCUGGGUAUUCAGCUUCAACACAGAAACCUGCUACCGAUGAGCAAAUGUCUUUGGAAGAGGAGGAACGGCGGUUCAAUGCCGAACUCAAGACUGUUCAGAUUGAGGAGGUUGAAGAUGAAGAUGCUUAG